AUGGUCAGUCAUAGAAAUCGUUUAUUAUCAUUUAUUCUUGAGCAAUUUAUGAUGUCAUCAACUAUAAAUCAAGAUGAGGAAAAAGACGAAAUAUUGACAGAUGAAAAAAUUGCUGAGUAUUUAAAUUUUAAUUUAAUGGAGUAUAAACGAACUGGUAGUAGUGUUGAAGAACUUGCUUUACCAUUUCAAAAUUAUACAAGAUCCGAUAUUGAUCAAAUGUUUGAAUUUCCAUACAUUUAUGUUGUCGAUCCUGAACAGUUUACAUCAAACGAACGACAACAGUAUAAAGUUACUGAGCAAAGUAGUUUUUUAUACAUUGAUUACAGUAAUAAAAAAUAUCCAUGUUAUGUUACACUCUAUUUCUAUUCAAUGCAAGAAUUGAUCGAGACAAGAGAAAAAACAGCGUCAUCCAUUUUAGUUCCAGGUGCAAAUAUGUAUGUAAUUCCUGGUGAUUUUGUUGAGCCACAUCGAAAGUAUUUACUAUCAGCGAACUUUGUAAACUGGUUUAAAGUUCUAUGGCCUAAAGGUGAAAGCUAUGAAGAAAAGUUAGAAAUUCAUGGUCCAUCUAUUUGUAUAACAUCAAAAGAUCCAACUUUACCAUUAGCAACGGAUCAUGUUCCAUCAUUAAAAUGUAUACAUUGGCCUAAAUCAGCGCUAAACUGGAUUAAUCGUACAAGACUAAGUAAGUGGCCAGACCAAAAUUUAAUCAAUUCAAUCGUUAAAUUUGGUUGUCAUGUGGUAGGAAAAUCACAUCCAUUAACAACCAGUGAAACAGAAACAAUAGAAUGGAGAUUAUCAUUUUCAAUAGGUGAAUCAUUAUUAGCUAAAACACUAAGUUUUUAUCAAAAAAAAUGUUAUUUAAUUGUUAAAGCUCUAGUUGAUGUACAUAUUAAACAAGAUUUAGAAUUAUCCAAAGUAAUAUGUACUUACUAUUUAAAAACAAUAUUAUAUUGGUUAUGUGAAUCAAUAGGAAAAGAACAAUGGACAUAUGAAACAUUAUAUGAUCGUUUUAUUGAUUUCAUCGAUUACGCCAUAACAUGUUUUGAAAAAAAAUGUUUAAAUCAUUAUUUUAUACCUGAAAUGAAUCUUAUUGAUCAUCUGAAUGAUGAACAUCUAAAAAAACUUAGCGAAAAAUGUCUUUUGAUCAAAAAUGAUUUACUAAAUAUGAUUAAAAUAUGUGAAGAAUAUUACUGGAAUACAAAUCAAUUUAGACGUUUUGAUGCAAUUAUCGAAGUAUUAACAGAAAAUGAAAAUCUACACGAUAAUUCAUGUAUAAUAUGGUGUUGUGCAAUUACAAUGCAAGGUUUCAUCAAACAGUAUAAAUUAAUUGAUUGUCCAUUGAAAAUCGUUAACGAUUGUAUCAAACGUAAAUAUUUAGAAUCAUGUUCAGAUGAAUCAGCUAGAUAUUUAUUGUAUUUUACAAGUUUAAUAACGCAUCUUGUCGAUGAUAAUAAUGAAGAAAAUUUAUCAGCACAUAAUGCUAUGAUUAAAAUAUGUGAAGCAAAAUCAUUUUUCGAUCAAUCGUACGAAGAAAUGAAAGAAAAUUAUGUCCAAAUACAAAACUGUUUAGCUCUUAAAAAUAACUGA